AUGGCCGCAUCGCAGCUUGCCAAUCUGAUCGGGAGAACAUGGGGCAUGCCAUGCUUGUCCUUUGCUGAAGUGACGCUUGGGACGCAAAAGGUGGCCCACACAUGUGGCCAAAUCGCCUUGGCUCACUGCGCGAUCCUGUUGCGCCCGUUAUCGGCUUCCUUCGAACAGUUCUUUCGAUGGGCUGACCAGCUCGCGCAAUCCGUGCCGUUCUUGCCGUAUGCUGUCUCUGGUGCAGGAGGGCUCUUUGAGAGCCAGAGUCGGCAGUUGUCUGACACCCUUUUGUCCAAGGGCGUUCCCUCAGAGAACAUCGCUGCCCGCAUCCAUGCGGCUUGUUCCAAGGUUGGCGUGGUGCCCAUUGCCACCGCGCUGGCGUCAAAGCACCCGUGGGCUGCACUAAAGGCAGCCGCUGGCAAGCCUGGAAGUGCUUUCAGAUGGGUUUCAACUGAUGAACUCCAGGCUCAAAUUGAUGCUAAGGCUUCAGCCAAAUUCGGCACGACUGUGCCAAAUGGGAAAAGCAAGAAAGCGAAGGCCAAAGGUGUCAAGAAGUCAGGUUCCCCCUUGCUCAUUGACCCUUCCACGUUGCAGAUGAGCCCGGACAGCUUCUCUUCCAACGAUGGACAGCCACUUUGCCAGUUAGCUAUGGACGAGGUGCAGCCCAUGGCACGGGGCAUUUGCUUUUGCACUCCAGCUGAGGUUGCCCCUUUCCUGAACAACUUUAAGUCCAUCAGUGUUGAUGCCCUAGGCCUCUUGACCACCGCAGCUCUACCAGCUGAAGCGGUCGGUGCUGCGCCUGUCACUGCCCUUCGCUAUCCGGCCAUUUAUGGUCCCACUCAGGAGGCCGUACUGAUUUCAGGCAGCCUGGUCCAGCUGGGUGACGCCUCCGUGCAAUUGACCACUCAUGACAUUGCUGAAGUAGAGCAACUUGACACGGUGGUGAUCAAACUCUCGCUUUAUCGUGACCAGUGCUCCAUUGGGUGGGAAAGGAUUUGUGAAGCGCCCAUCCGCGCGCUGCUACAGCAAGUUGCGGGCUGCAAGCAGGACUCGGGUUGUUCAAGAUUCCACCCAGCAGUUGAAGAGCAGAUAACUUACCCAGACCUCUUCUUCGAACCUCGGGCGGCUGAUGGAUCCGGCCCACAUGCCGGCUACGCCGUCGUUUGGCUCCCGGGGGCCACGGCCGAAGAGGCGCGACACGCGCUUCGCACUUGUGACAAAGCCAUUGCCUUGACGCGACUUGGAAGUAGGUUUGGCGUGAGGGUCAAAGAAACAGACGAAGAGAUUGCCUUCAACAUGCUUCGUCCUGCGCACCCAUUUGUCAAAGUCCGCAUCUCCGCGAAAUACAAGCUUCAUCCACUGCCGUUUGGUUGUCAACGACAAGCCCUACUCAAGAUCCUGCAACACUGGCAGUGGUCUGCUAAGCCACUUCAGCCAGACAAAGGAACUGCAGAAGGCGCUUCUUGGAUCGUUGGUGCCUCUUCUGAGCCGCCUGCCUUGGCCCUACCGCUCGGCGAAAGCCAUGUCAUUGUGACGAAAGUCCAGGACCUUGGCAAUGCCAAGUCCAAGCCCCCUGCCCUGUACGCCUCCUCACGUACCAUCAAACACAUCAGGUACGAUGAUGGACCAACAGACCCUGCCAUUGACCCCUGGAGCGAUGGCCAAGAUCCAUGGGCCGAGGCUCGCCAACAGUUUGCUCCUCCUCCGGGGCUUUCGCUUGUUAAGAGUUCCCAGCCCUCGCCUGGCCCGUCCAAACUUGAACAACUCGGCUCCGAACUCAAACAGGAUCUCAGAAGCCUCAUGCAGACCGAGCUUGCGUCCAGGUCGGCAGGUCAGGACUCAGUCAGUUCGGCGCAGGAGGCUAGACUUGAAAAGCUUGAGGUUGGUAUGAAAGAACUCCAGGAGCAAAACCGUAAAUUUGAAGGCUGGUUUGCCACUUUUGGCAAUCGUGUGUCUGAGCAAGCCACUACCAUUCAAGGAGUCCAGCACACGCUGCAAAGCCAAAGCCAAGACAUCCACAGGCUGCGCUCAGACGUCGAGAUGACGGUCGGCAAUGCGGUUGGCCAGUUGCAGGCUGAUAUGACUCAACAGUUGUCUGCGCAGCUGGCAGGCCGUCGCUUCGCCGUCAGCGCCGGGCCUGUUUGCAAGUUGCCCACCUUUUUCGGCUUACUCCUACAGCUGUUUCUCCUGUUGCCGGUUGCUUGUGGUUUGCAGCAUCAGACCGGCGAUCGUUCUUCGUCUGUUCUGGGUUCCGCAGUUGAGCCCACUGGAAGUGUGAUAGAUGGGCAGUCGACUGCCUUCCUCUUCGAGGCUCUUCAGCCACUCCUGGGUGCAACAACUCGAUUCGGUGAGGCUGACAAUCCUGGUCCUGAGUCGCCGCUUCUGACGAUUGGAGUUUCCAAUCCUUCAGGCCUUCGGGGGAAGGAGGCCAUACUGUUGGAAUGCGGCUCGGGCAUUCAUUGUGUGUCAGAAACACAGCUUUCACAAAUCACGCAGCGUUCUUCUAGUGCUGCUCUUCGCUCUCUUGGCAAACAGCAGAAUCGCCAUGUGCGCACAUGUUACGGCGCGCCCGCGCCCUUACGAACUGGCUCCGCUUGGGCUGGCUCUUGGACCGGCGUUGCGCAAGUUACGGAUUUCCCAUCCAGGACCUUGCAAAUACCAUGGCCUUCAGGCGCAUGGUACACUGGACGCAUCAUGCUGGCGCAACACCAGGUCGUUGACCUUCCGGUACUUGUUGCCACUGUGUAUGGCUUCCCAUCUGGGCCAACAUAUCCAGAUGCCAAACCUCGGACCGAGUCCCUGCUUGCUUGCCUGACCAAGGAGCUUGUUCAUGGUCGCUCUGGCUUCAGGGUAAUUGCGGGUGAUUUCAAUCAGGACGAGAAUGCUUUAGAGCAAAUCCAGGUCUGGAGAAGCCUAGGUUGGGUUGAGAUUCAAACCCUAGCUGCUUCGCGGUGGGGUCAUCUUGAAGUGAACACUUGCAAAAACGCUACCAAGCGUGACAUGAUCUAUGUCUCCCCUGAAGCGGCAGCGUUUGCGUCAGCUGUGCAGAUCACACAGGUCUUCGCAGACCAUGAUACAGUUGUCGCCUCUUUCAGUGUUCCUGACUCGGCAGGCUAUGAGUUGCGCUGGCCACUGCCAGCAGAACUUCCGUGGGAAGACAUUGAUAUCACAGGCUGGCGCCAGGCCCCAUUCCCACCAGUCCAGAAGAGCAAUAAUUCCACGGUGUGGAUGCAAACAUUUGCCCGUACAUAUGAAUCAAGCCUGAAUGGCUUCGUUGAAGGUCGCCCCGGCCGACAGGUGCCCUCAGCAUGCCGCGGACGGUCCAAACGCACUAAGCCUGACUGCCGGACUGCCACUUCUGCGCUGGUUCGAGCAAGUCGUCCGGGGGAAGAGGUGCUGUGUCAUGAUUUCAUCAGCCAAGAGCUCAAGCGAUGGUUCGCGCAACUGCGCAGACUUCAAAGUUUGUGUCACGCACUACAGGCCAACAGCCAAACUCCAGGGGCACUGGAGUAUAGAGCUUCGUUGUGGAGAGCAAUUUCCUCCGCCAAAGGGUUCCAACACGGCUUCUGCGCCUGGUGGAUGCGCCGGCCGACUCAGUUGCAAGGUAGCCCUCCGAGCAUUCCCCUAGGUCUCCCGGGGCUAGACACGGCCUCUGCAAUUUUUCAAGACUUUCGGGAAAACUUUCGCCGUUUUGAAUCCUGGAGCAUCGGCAAGCGGGCACAAGUUCUGGACGCGAAGUACCAGCAAUCCCUAGAACUGCUCUACAAGGACCUACAUAAACCCGCUGCCCCUCAGGUCGACACUCUUGUAAUCCAUCGUGAGUACGCCAUUUUGGCGUUUGAGCCAGAAACCAGACAGGUGCAUGUGGAUCCUCCUUUGGACCUUCGUGGUUCCUCUACCUGGCAAGUUGAUGGCCACGUGUUACGGCUUGAACGGGUCACUGAUGAAGUUUGCACCUUGUCUGGUGAAUGUCCACUGCAUGAGGAUUCCGAGCUUUUGCAGGCCCAAACUUUGGCAGAUGUCUCGGAUAUUCAUGAUGAAUUCGUUUCUCUAUGGGCCCCAAGAUGGCAGAAACAUGCUAGUUGUAGUGAAGCGGAUUGGCGUCGGGUCCUAGCUUUUGCUGAGGCCUUCCUGCCAAGGUCCCCCUUCAACCUUCCACGCAUUUCAGUAGCACAGUGGCAACGCAGGAUUCGAAAGUUCUCUUCUCGUGCGGCGCGCGGCCCCGACGGCUGGGCGCGAGCGGAUCUUUUGAACAUGCCCACUGCGGCAGUUGAGCAGCUUCUAGACAUGUUGCACUUGAUCGAGGCAGGCAAGGCGGCAUGGCCGCAACAGAUCCUCGUUGGCUUUGUUCUGUCUUUGGUGAAGCCAAAUGGUUGCACUGAUGCCCAAGGCUACCGUCCAAUAUGUCUGAUCAGCAUGAUUUACCGUGCUUGGGCAGGGUUGCGGGCAAAACAGACUCUUCUGGCGCUGUCCAACCUUGUUGAUCCAGACUCCCUUGGAUUCCUUCCGAAUCGCGAGGCCACGGAGCUGUGGUUCAUUCUGCAGAGCCAGAUUGAGCUCAGCCUUCAAGGUCAAUCUCCUCUAGCAGGAUUUAGUUCGGACAUAGUUAAAGCCUUCAAUAACUUACCUCGUUUUCCACUCCUGCGCAUUGCCUCACGGAUUGGCUUUCCGCCAAACCUGAUCUCACCUUGGCGAGCUUUCCUUUCAGGCUUUUCCCGAAGGUUUAAGGUGAGGGACGCGCUGAGCCCAGGGGUCUCCAGCUCCUCUGGAUUCCCAGAAGGCGACCCACUCAGUCCCAUCGGCAUGCUGCUUGCGAACAUGGUGUUCCAUGCAUAUAUGCAGGCGCUUUGUCCAAGUGUGCGGGCUUUGAGCUACGCUGAUAACUACUCCGGCAUGGCUCCUGAGGCAUUUUCUCUCGCCCGAGGCAUCAACGCCAUGGGCGCAUGCUGCGACAUGUUGGAUUUGCAACUUGACUCCUCCAAGACAUUUGUGUGGUCAACUGAUCCUGAACAGCGUAAGGUUCUCAGGGCCAUGAAACUUAACGUUGUGGAGCACGCCAGGGAGCUUGGCGGAUUUUUGUCAUUUUGUGCCGCCACGCGCAACGCGGCAUUGGUUGCUCGCAUACACGCGUUGCAGCCUCAGUGGCAGGCCUUGGGCCGCGCCAGGUCCCCUUUAGCGUCCAAGCUAGCGAUCCUCCCCAACAAAUUCUGGGCCUUUGCCUUGCAUGGGAUUGCGGGAUGUCCUUUGGCAUCUUCCCAUUUGUCUGGCCUGCGUGCUUCUGCGGUCAAAGCGAUUCGAUCACACUCAGCUGGAUCGAGCGCCCUCCUACGUUUGAGUCUUGUUCCAUCAUGCCUGGCUGACCCAGGUUUCUAUCAGCUCAAGACCACUGUUGUCGAUGUGCGCAGGGUCCUACUCAAACAGCCUGCGUUGUUGUUGGACUGGAAGGUUUUCCAGGAUCGUUACGCUGGAGACGGUUACCAGGGUCCUUUCUCCAAGUUGGUGGUAGUGUUGGGGCAGGUGGGCUGGAGCAUCCUUGAGCCUCCGCUUCUUCAGGACCAUGAAGGCCUGGUUCACCAUUUGUUGUCCAUGCCCCAAGCCCUUUUGAUCAGGCUUUUGGAGCAUGCUUGGCUCCAAUAUGUCGCUUCGCAGCAUGUGCACCGCAAGACCAUGGUGGACUUGGACGGGCUCGAACCUUCCCUGCUUCACAUUGACCACAGCCGCCUCACUCCUCGCGAGUCGUCACGUCUUGCCGCGAUCCAGUCGGGGGCCUUCCUGUUUCCUGCCCAACAUAGGAGGUUUGAUUUGACGGUUUCAGGGUUGUGCAAGGAGUGCCAGGUUCCCGAUGAUGUCCAGCACAGGAUUUGUGAUUGUCCUCUGUAUGCACAGGCAAGGCAGCGUUGUCAAUCAGUUGUGGAACAGUGGGCAAAUUUGCCAGUGUGUCUGACGCAUCACCUCUUGGUUCCGCGCAUGCCGGAGAUGACUGCUUUCCGAGUCGCGCUCGGCAGCAUCGCCGACACCACUGCGGAAUUUUGGUCUUCCAGAACGACGCUGGGCCGGCAGAACAUUUUCACGGAUGGGACAUGCACUCAACCCGCUAUGGCAGAUUGCGCGAUUGCAGCGUGGAGCGUGGUGCAUGCUGGCACGGGCGACGUCAUUGCAUGUGGGCCCUUACACGGGCAGCUCCAGACAACUCCUCGAGCAGAAAUGACUGCCGCUAUUGCCGCACUUCGCUGGAUCAUCAGUCGGCGAGUAACAGCAACACUUUGGAUGGAUGCCUACCACAUCGCUUCCGGCAUCAAUGGUCUCAUUCAAGGUGGGCAUGUUUCGGCGCAAGCAGAAAAUGGUGAUCUGUGGCAAACGUUGUCCGCACUGGUGGAGCAGCUGGAGCCAGCGCAGGCACAGAUCCAACAUGUUCCCUCCCAUCUUGAUCCGCAUCAGUGCACUGAUGAAUUUGAGAUCUGGGUGUCUACGUGGAACCAGCAUGCUGACACCGUGGCGGCCGUUGCAAACGCAAGCAGAUCGUUGGAGUUCCUGCAGCUCCUUGAGGGCAUUGGCGAGAAGUAUGAUCGCCAGGCCAACGUGAUCCGUCAACUUCGUAGUAUGUUCUUUGCUAUCGCAGAUGUACAGCAAACUUUGCGUCCGGAGGUUGAGCCUGUUGCACCAGAUGUCGUCGAGAUAUCUUUGCCCCUGGUUGAUGUACAGUUUAGGCUCUCGGAUUUGACCCCGCUGGGGUGGAGGCAGUUGCUUGAUAGUACCCCCUCCGCGCUCCCAGCUGGUUUUCUUAGGAGUGUCGCGGCUUUGCUUUUGGAGCAGGAUGCCAACCAUGAUCAGGUUUGCCUUGUUUCGACUUUGGAGCUCACGGUUUGGAUUGUCGGGGCUGGUGUUGCCUUUCCGGUCCAAGACCCGGUGAGCAACAGUUGGGUUGAUCCUGCUUCCAUCGUUUAUAAGGAACCGCACCAGACUUUGGCUGUACAGGUGCGUCUGGUUCGCAAGGCGCUGCGGAUCCUAGUUAAGCUUUUUCACGCAGAGUCCUGUUGGAUUGGAGGCAUCAACUUGACGGACCUGGGGGUUACUAUGCCUUUUGAUGGGUUGGGGCUUGGUGUGGAUGUUGGGGUUUUCCAGGCAUGCCGCCAACGGAUUCAGGACUUUUGUUCACGACGCCCAAUUCGGGCAAGCCGUGAUUUAGCUCGGCCGCUUUGA